GUCCGGGAGAUGCUGCGCAUGAGGGACUCCAACGGGGCCAGGAUGCUGACCUUGAUAACGGAGCAGUUCAUGGCCGAUCCUCGGCUCUCCCUCUGGAGGCAGCAGGGGACAGGCAUAAGGCAGCUCUGGGAUGAGCUGGGGGCGCUGUGGGUGUGCGUGGUGUUAAACCCACACUGCAAGCUGGAAGAGAAAUCCUGCUGGCUCCGGCAGCUGCGCAAGUGGGGUGAGAUGGACGUCUGUCCCCUGGAAGAUGGCAAUUACGGUAACGAGCUUCCCAACAUCACCAAUGCGCUUACGCAGAGCUCCGGUCACAGCCAAGACUCGCUGGCCAGGCCCAGACGAACUGUGUUCACCCGGGCGAUCGAGGGCUGUGACCUCCACUGGCAGGACAGCCACCUGCAGCGCAUCAUUAGCAGUGACUUCUACGUAUCUCCUUCCUACCAGCGGGAGGGUGAGAGCCUCCUCUUCAACUCCCAGGGGCAGCCGCUGUGGCUAGAACACGUCCCGACAGCCUGCGCUCGGGUGGAUGCCCUGCGCUCCCACGGCUAUCCCAGAGAAGCUCUCCGACUAACUGUUGCCAUAAUCAACACCCUGCGACUGCAGCAGCAAAGGCAGCUGGAAAUCUAUAAGCAUCAGAAGAAAGAGCUGCUGCAGCGAGGAGCAACAACCAUCACCAACUUGGAGGGCUGGGUGGGCCACCCUCUGAACCCCAUUGGCUGCCUCUUUCUCACCCUGACCGAAGCUUGUAGAUUAGAAGAGGAAAAUUGCCUUGAAAUUUCAGACGCUGGGGACUCCAAACCCCCAGUGUAUCAACACGUGCCCGUUGCGACCGGCAGCCAAGACAGCGGCGAGUCCUACCUGUCCCUGGCCUUAGAGGUGGCUCUGAUGGGGAUGGGUCAGCAGAGAGUGAUGCCUGAAGGUCUCUAUGCCCAGGACAAGGUGUGCCGCAAUGAGGAGCAGAUCAUCGCCCGGCUGCAGGACCUGGAGCUGGACCCGGUGCUGGUGCAGACCCUGCGGAAGCAGUGCAUCUUGCUGCUGGAAGGUGGUCCCUUCAGCGGCUUGGGAGAAGUCAUCCACCGCGAGAGCGUCCCCAUGCACACCUUUGCCAAAUACCUGUUCUCUGCCCUGCUGCCCCACGAUGCAGAUCUGGCGUACAAGCUGGCUUUGCGGGCCAUGAGGUUGCCUGUCCUGGAGACCACGGCGCCGUCCGGUGACGUGACUCACCCCCACCAUCUGGUCUCGGUGGUCCCCAGCAGAUACCCACGCUGGUUCACCCUGGGGCACCUGGAGUCGCAGCAGUGUGAGCUGGCCUCCACCAUGCUCACGGCAGCCAAAGGGGACAUGCUGCGCCUACGCACGGUGCUGGAGGCCAUCCAGAAGAACAUCCACUCCUCCUCCUUGAUCUUCAAGCUGGCCCAGGACGCGUUCAAGAUUGCCACGCCAGCUGACAAAUCGCUGCUCAAUGUAGCGCUGGAGCUGGGGCUCCAGGUGAUGCGCAUGACCCUGUCCACCCUCAACUGGCGGCGGCGGGAGAUGGUGAGGUGGCUGGUGACGUGUGCUACCGAAGUGGGGGUGAGGGCCCUGGUGAGCAUCCUGCAGAGCUGGUACUCGCUGUUCACUCCCACGGAAGCCACCAGCAUUGUGGCGGCCACGGUGAUGUCCCACAAUACCAUCCUGCGUCUGAGCCUGGACUACCCUCAGCGGGAAGAGCUGGCUAGCUGCGCCCGCACCCUGGCCCUGCAGUGUGCCAUGAAGGACCCACAGAACUGCGCCCUGUCUGCCCUGACCCUCUGCGAGAAGGACCACAUCGCCUUCGAGACCGCCUACCAGAUCGUCAUCGAUGCCGCCUCCACUGGCAUGACCUACACCCAGCUCUUCACCAUCGCUCGCUACAUGGAGCACCGGGGCUACCCGCUCCGGGCAUUCAAACUGGCCUCGUUGGCCAUGACACAUCUCAACCUGGCCUACAACCAGGACACGCACCCAGCGAUCAAUGACGUGCUCUGGGCCUGCGCCUUGAGCCACUCUCUGGGCAAAAAUGAGCUGGCGGCCAUCAUCCCACUGGUGGUGAAGAGCGUGCACUGUGCCACGGUGCUCUCGGACAUCCUUCGCCGCUGCACCAUGACGGCCCCAGGGCUGGCCGGCAUCCCCGGCCGCAGGAACUCGGGGAAGCUGAUGUCCACCGACAAAGCCCCCCUGCGGCAGCUGCUGGACGCGACGAUAAGCGCCUACAUCAACACCACCCACUCCCGGCUCACCCACAUCAGCCCGCGGCACUACGGGGAGUUCAUCGAGUUCCUCAGCAAGGCCAGGGAGACCUUCCUCCUGGCACAGGACGGGCACAUACAGUUUGCCCAGUUCAUUGACAAUCUCAAACAAAUCUAUAAAGGCAAGAAAAAACUGAUGCUGCUGGUGCGGGAACGGUUUGGGUGAGCCCCGGCCCUGGCCAUGCUCACUGGCAGGGUCCGGCUGCAGCACGGGGACUCGGGAGAGAAGAAGGAAGGAAAGUAGAGAUCACCUUCCCCCCAUUGGCAGAGGCUGCUCUGUUCUGGUCUUCUGUUUCUUUUUUUUUGUUUUCUUUUUUUGUUUUUUUUUUUCUUUCUUGAUCUUGAAUUUAACCAUUUCACACGCUGAGAGGAUCCAGAGAUUCCUUGGGCACAAACCAAAAGGCAACCACGGGGAAAAAGGAUGGUUCGCUCAGCCCCCUGCCCUCCCUUGCCAAUACCAAAAGCUAACCUGGAAAUCUAAUACCUCUUUCCUGAAGGAAGCGGUCGCUGGAGGGAUCUGAAGGUUGCAAAGUGCAAAAAUCUUUAAAAUUAUGU